UGUAUCAAGAUGGCGGCGCAAGGUGGUCGCGUGUUGGUUUAUGGUGGAAGAGGUGCACUCGGUUCUGCGAUUGUGAAACAUUUCAAAGCUCAAAACUAUUGGGUAGGUUCCAUUGAUCUUCACCCAAAUGAAGAUGCAGAUGCCAACAUCAUUGUGAAGCCAGUUGAAUCUUGGACAGCACAGGAAGAGGAAGUUGUAAAGAGCGUCGAUGGAGUCCUGGGGGAGAAUAAGGUGGAUGCCAUCUUGUGUGUUGCCGGGGGAUGGGCUGGUGGCAAUGCAGCCUCUAAAGAUCUGGUGAAGAAUGCAGACAUGAUGUGGAAGCAGAGCGUAUGGACGUCUGUGCUCUCCUCAAGUCUUGCAGCCAAGUACCUCAAGGAGGGAGGUGUCCUCACCCUGCCAGGAGCGCAGCCAGCCCUAGAGGGAACUGCAGGUAUGAUUGGGUAUGGUCUGGCCAAGGCUGCUAUCCAUCAGCUGGUGAAGAGUCUAGCUGCUGACAACAGUGGGAUGCCUGCAAACAGCCUCUCGGCUGCCAUACUGCCUGUGACCCUUGACACACCCAUGAACAGGAAGUUUAUGUCCAAUGCAGACUUCAGCACCUGGACCCCGCUUGAGUUUGUUGCUGAACUGUUCUACAAGUGGACUGUUGGGCAAGAACGACCCACCAAUGGAAGCUUGGUGCAGCUGAUCACAAAGGACAGCAAGACUGACCUGGUCAUAGCUUAACCCAAGCCCAGCUGGAGGCACCCUGUCAAGUCCAUGUGCAGUGCAGUGCAUGUGAGGCACUUGUGAAGGUCCUCGAGUUGUUAUGUAGAAAAGAAGGGAUGUAGACCCCUCACCAUGUAUGUUGUCCUCAUAAUGUUGUGAAGGAAGUGUUCAGGGAUUAAAUGUAAAUCAAAUGUCUAGAGUUCUUUGUCAUCGGGAAAAUAGAGACACGCUUUUAUUUUGUAUCUGUCUUUCAUUGCUUAAAGUUUUUACUGAGCAUUGAUUUUUGUAUUUUACAAAAGAUAUUUUGAUAGUGAUGUAUGAAUUUUAUGAGGCAUUUCUUUUACAUACAAAUCAUGACAUUCCAGAAGGUAAUGCUCUACAAUAUAUGAUUUUCCUUUAGCUGAAAAGCAGAAAUUGUCUUUUGACGAAUAUUUAUAGAGGACUGGUGAAGAUUGUGGACAUUAAUCAACCUAUUUAUAUCUAGUCAGGUACAGGGUUACUGCAUUGAUUUUCUGGAGGCGUUUUGUUGAUCUUUUCUUUGUUUCUAUGCAUGACAUUACAAUGACAGUGAUGCACUGGGCAAUGUGCUCAAUGUGCAGUCAGUAUUGUUAAUAUUCUUUUGGUUCAUUCAGCACAGAGAAUAAUAUCACAUGUAUGAGGAUUUUGAUCUGCAUAAAAUAAGGUCAAAAGACACGUUGUUAACAUACAUGCCAGUUAAUAAUCAGUGUUGAAUUGUUUUUGAUCUCCAAGACUCUUACAAGGGUAAUUACUGUUCAGCUAUUUAAACAGCCUGGUGCAAGUAAAGUCUAUGUCAGUGCAAUGCUAUAUUCUCUAGAAGGGCUAGCUGGGUUGUGGGUCAGUGAAGGCACUCAGUUGUCAUGCUGAACACCCCCAAGGGGACAAUGUGUGAAGCCCAUCUCUCUUGUCCCAGGUGUUGCUGUGGUAAUGCUAGAAGUGGCGUAACACCCAACUCAGUCACUCACUCAUCCUUAACUGUCUUUACCGAUUUGUGUGUAUACCCUACUUGCUGUAUACCACAGGAUCUUCUAGUCAUGGAGUCCUUGAAGACAGGACUAUGUUUGAUUUUGAUAUUGUCAUUAGCUACAGGUAUGCCAUGUACGAUAGUGUCAAUAGCUACAGGUAUGCCAUGUUCGAUAUUGUCAAUAGCUACAGAUAUGCUAUGUACGAUAUUGUCAAUAGCUACCGGUACGCCAUGUACGAUAGUGUCAAUAGCUACAGGUAUGCCAUGUUUCGAUAUUGUCAAUAGCUACAGGUAUGCCAUGUUUCGAUAUUGUCAAUAGCUACAGGUAUGCCAUGUUCGAUAUUGUCAAUAGCUACAGGUAUGCCAUGUUCGAUAUUGUCAAUAGCUACAGGUAUGCCAUGUUUCGAUAUUGUCAAUAGCUACAGGUAUGCCAUGUUUCGAUAUUGUCAAUAGCUACAGGUAUGCCAUGUACUUCCAGUAUUGUUCUGUGGCUGGGGCACAUUGUGGCUGCAUAACCCCCAUGUGUUCAUUCAAUGGCAGCUUCACUCAAAUUUUAUUUUGUUAUCUGUCUACCUUACUUGUUGUUAGAAGGUGCUUUUGGUUUUUUUUAUUAUGAACUGCUUUGUUACUGCAUUUAAUGAAAUAAUCAUAUCGACUGCUUUGCAAGGGAUACUGGUGGAAAUUUGUAUGAUUUAUGACAACUGUUAGGUCCAAGAAACGAAAAACUUGUGAUAUAUUACCAUCUGGCCUUUUACACUGCUUGUCACAAUACAAGGAAUAUUCUGUGUGAACUAUUCAUUUGUAGCUUUUGAUUAAGGACUUUGUUACCAAAGAAUGUUGAUGUCUCUUAUAUUAGGACCUUUUUAUUGUGUUAAGCUGUAAUGCAAAUUGGUAUUGUCAACUAUUGUGAUAGUAUUACAGGUUCUUAGAAAUACGUAGUAGUUUUUGGUCUGUUACCCGAGUUAGAAAUGCUCAAAAAUCUAAGGACCCAUCCAAGGUAUAUCACCACUUAUUUAUUGGACAAUUUAAUCAGAUAUCGGAACAUAUAUAUGUUAUUACACGGCACAUGUGCAUACACUGUCACACGUUGCCAUGUGAUCAUUGAUCUGCUCAUCCAGACAUUUGUAGCUGAAGAAUUGACAAUGCUAGUGUUAUUUUUUUGGAAGGUUUAAAUUAUAAGGGUUUGAUUGGAAGAUAAUUAACUUGCAUAAUACACUAUAACAGUAUCACAAUAGCAUAUCACUUUGUUAACCGUUCUUCCAGGGGACAGACAGUGCGAGACACCCAGCGAGCACAUUGUGGCUUGUUCUACAAGUGUGCGAUCUUUGUGAUCCACAGCAAUAAAUUAUCUGUAUAUCAUGCCA